AUGGGUACCAUAAGUACCCUAGUGCUGGUGCGAAAGGAAAUACCCACAACAACACAGCCAUGGGAGCUUCGAAACCAGAUCCACGCCUGCGUAGUCACAGAAGACUACCACCUCAAGGGUCUUCGUCGACCCAAGAAAACAAAGUCAAUAUUUCAGCAUUCUUGCAAGCACCGUGCAUCCCUGCUCUACGUCUGCCGACAGAUUUACACCAAGACCGCUCUUCUCCCCUUCCAGCUCAACACUUGGCGCUUCACAUCCUACGUCGGCAUCGAGGUGUUGCAUGCCAGACUGACGGCACAACAAUGCCGUGCUAUUCGCUCAGUCUGCAUGCAUCUCAAAUUGAACGAUCAUCCGAAUAGUCGAGACACCAGAUCUGCACUCAUCCAGAGGGGUGCCGGAAACCUGGUCGACUUGCUGCCAGGCUUACGUUCUGUUGGUCUGGAGGAAUAUAUGAAGCAGCUGAAGGCAUGGAUGAGCGGUGGCGGCCGUCAGAUGAAGGUGUAUAUGGAUCAUUAUUUUGGAUGGCGGCCACCAUACCUUGAGCGCUGA